ACACAGGAAGGUCACACUAUCCCUCACCAUCAUCAGAGAGAAGAGCUGAAAUACAUUAAAGUUGAAACUGAAGAGGAAGAAAAGAUGAUUGUUAGUGGAGAACAGCAUUCUAUGGAGAACGUCUAUCCUCCGUAUUCCCAGGAUUUCACAAAGGAAGAACCCAGCAUCUCUCAGGAUGAAGAACUGAAAGACAUCAAAGUUGAGGUAAAAGAGGAAGAAAAAGAGACGAUGGUGAGUGGGGAUCGGCAGUCUAAGGAGGAGCGGGAGAUGAUUAUGGAAAGUGAACAGGCGGAAUCUUCACUUUGUAUCGACACAAGUGGACACUACGUCUCGAAAAAUAUAUCUUCAGAAUAUAAAGCCACAUCACAAUGUUCUCCCGGAGUAAAACGCAUUACACAAAUAAUACAUCAUAAAACCUAUCAAAUGGAGAGAUCCUGGGAUUUCUCUGAUCCUGAGGAAUCUUCUGAUGAUCCACAUACUAUUAUUAUUGAAUCUCACAGUACAGAUAAAUCAACAGAUCCAUCAAAUCCAGAGGAAUCUUCUUUAAACCAUGAAGGAUCUCACACAGGAGAGCGCUCCUUGUCACGUAGAAUGUCUGGGAAAGCUUUGAAAGAAACUGGAGAGCCUCCUAUACAACAGAAACGUUAUAAGCCUUACUCAUGUCCGGAGUGUGGGAAAUAUUUCAAUCAGAAUAGAGCCUUAAUUAUUCACGUGAGAUCUCACACAGGAGAACGUCCUUUCUCAUGUUCUGACUGCGGUAAAUGUUUUAGUGACAAAGGAUAUCUUCUUAAUCACCAGAAACUUCACACUGGAGAGCGUCCUUAUUCAUGUUCAGAAUGUGGGAAAGGUUUCAUUAAGAAAGGAACCCUUCUUAUACACCAAAGAAUUCAUACGGGUGAGUAUCCCUACGCAUGUUCAGAGUGUGGGAAAUGUUUUAGUUGUAAGGAAGUACUUACUCGACACCUGAGAAUACACACGGGUGAGCAUCCCUAUUCAUGUCCAGAGUGUGGGAAGAAUUUCAAAUGGAAAGGAAAUCUUCUUAUACACCAGAGAAUACACACGGGUGAGCGUCCUUUCUCAUGUUCAGAGUGUGGGAAAGGUUUCAUUCAGAAAGACAACCUUCUUGUACACCAGAGAAGUCACACAGGUGAGCGUCCUUUCUCAUGUUCAGAGUGUGGGAAAGGUUUCAUGCAGAAAGACAACCUUCUUAUACACCAGAGAAGUCACACGGGUGAGCGUCCUUAUUCGUGUUCAGUGUGCGGGAAAAGUUUCCCCCAGAAAUGUGUCCUCAACCGACAUCAGAAAAUUCAUGCAGACUAACAACCUUUUUUACAUUCAGAUGGAGAAAUGGAGAUUGGGGCAAGAGUGACCACCAGAGAACGUGUGUGUCCUACCUUGUAUUUAGAAUGUUUCGAUUAAAGAAAAUCACUUAUUGUACA